UUCACACGGGCGACGCUGGUGUGCACAACAAACAUCUCUUUCAAACUUAAAACGUCACCAAACUUGAAAAAAACAAACCGCAAAAUGUAAUUUAAAAUGGUUCUGUUGUUAUGAAUGCACCCAAAGCAGGCACUUCGCGGGUCCAAAUGGUCGUUUGGGACGUGAGCUAUCAGAAAAAACUAGUUCCAUCCGUCUGAGUCAUGGAAAGCAGCAUUGAGAAGUUUGUCAACUUGAGAAAGCGUCUGGGCCAGCUGGGUUACAAGCAUCCUCUUGGAAUAGAAUCAUUGCCACUAGUUGAGAAACUAUUCAGUGAUCUAGUCAGCACUACUGAAAGCCUGCGCAAUGCAAAACUGUCACAAGGGAAGAACGAGAACGAAUGCCUCAACUGUGAUGUUCUUCUGGAGCCAUACAGGGCAGAUAACGCCCGACUGGUCAAGGAGAACAAUGAAGUCCACCAGGAGCUUCUGAAGGUGAUGGAGGAGAAGGACCAUGCCACCAAAGAGCUGAAAACCCGCAUCAGAAAACUGGAACACCACACUUGUGACCUGACGUCCCUCAACAACCAAUACAUGCACAACCUCCGCUGCCUGGAGAAGGACGGCAAAACAAAAGCCGAGCGCAUCCUGGAGCUCCAGGAAAAGAACUUGCAAGCAGUGGUGCAGACGCCAGUUGGCCGUGUCCUAGGUGGAAAAAAGCGCAGCAUCCCUUUCAGGCGUCCGAGGAUGCAAACAGAUGAGCUCAUCCCUCCACCCGCAACAUCAGCUUACCCCGUACCCCAGCCAGGCGACCCGUACACAGCAGAUCUCCUGCAGUUGGCUGAUAAAAGAAUUCUUGAGCUGGAGGAAGAAGUCACAAAAAUCCACUAUGCGCUGGAACAGUCCCAUGAAUGUAUACAACUGUUAAAUACUCAAGUGUCCGAGAGGGACAGAGAGAUCGAGCGUUUGAAUCGUUCACUUCACGGAGGGCGACCCCGUGAUGUCAUCUCUUUGGAGGCUCAGAACAUCAGCAAUGAAAAACGGAUUGCCCAACUAAACCUUCAAAUUGAUUUCUUGCAAGACAACAAUAGGACGCAACAGCAGAUGGUGGAGAGACUGCAGCCGAAUGGGAUGGAGAUGGAUAAGGAGCGGGCCUUGGAAAUGGCUGAUCAGGAGUUGCUAGAUACUAAAGAAACAAUUUGUCGUCAAAGGGACGUCAUUGAAAAUGUUGAGGACAACUUCAAAAAGAAAAGAGCGGAACAUUCCGAGAGAAUGUUUGAGACAAGUUCACUUGCUGACCAACUGGUAGAGCUCAGAGGGCAGAAUGAGAAACUGGAGGCAAAGGUAGACUUCAUAGAGACAGAGAAAGUCAGGCUGCAAGACAAAGUGGAGAAGAUGAUGUCCGCUGAAAGAGAUGUAGUGCUGGAAUUGGAGGCCAUGCGAGCAAAACACGGCGUUUGCGGAAGGGAUCGCUCCCCGUCGCGUUUAGACGCCUUCGUGAAGAGUCUAGAGGAGGAGAGGGAUCGCUAUCGCCAGGAGGCCGAACACUGCAGGAGAUUCCGAGGAGCCGACAGCCCCAGUCGCGGCAGUCCAGACAGGAGCAGAAGUCCAGGGCGCAAGGGAGGCGUUGAGGAAUCUGAGUUUCUCGCUUUAUUGAAGGAAAGAGAUGAGAUGAAGGCAGCUCUGGUGGACGUAGAGAAGCACACGGAAGACAUCCAGACGAAAGUGAAAGCUCUUAGCGCUGAAAGAGACCACUUCAAAAUGAUGUUUUACCAGACACAAGAGAAGCUGGAGGAUGCCCGUGUAAGCUCAAGCACAUCUGAUGACGUCUUGAACUUAAGAGAGGAGCUAAAGCUGGCAGAGAAUGAAAUCAUGCAGGUUAAUGCACAAAGAGAAUUACUGAUGGAGGACUUUAAGGUGGAAGGAGAACUGACAGAUGUGCGGUCGGAGGCAGAGCUGCCGGAGAAGCAGCUGGAAAGCAAAAGGCAGAUCAUCCGCGCCCCGAAUACGCUGCUCUCCACCACUCCCCAAAGGGAGUUCCAAGCCAACCUGGCGGCCAGCGAGAAGGACUCUUAGCAGAAAGCGUGACCGGCUCACCCUGGCCCAAAGGUGAAUUCAAAGGUUGUAUUUUAAAGGUGAACAUUAAACCUUGAGACUUCAGUUCAAUGAGUGUCUUAAGACAACAAACCUUUCAGCUUGGGCCACAUACAGAAAAAUUAAAGAAUGUGGAAGUGCUACUUUGAUACCUUUUUGUGCAUUUAUGAGAAUUUAUGAGCUUAUUUUGAACACAGCCAACCAUCUACACAUUUGAAACAAUUAAGCAUCUCCAAUACAAUAUAUUCAUCUGCAAAAAAAACCUGUAUAUCAAUUCGAUGCCGGCUGACUGAAGCAGCAACUCGGAAUCCUGUGCUAAAAUAGUGCAUCCUGUUUAGAGACUGUCCCAAAAAUCUGUAUUCAAUUGCACGUAGAGAACAUUUUCAAUCGUCAAUAGCUUUUUGGUCAUGCGAUCUAGAACCUAAAAAACACUUUAAUUUUGUUUGUUCAUCAUUACUUCACUUGGCUCACACAAUGUUUUUUUCCUGUUCAUCAUCUACGGUAUUUGAUUUUUCUGAACAUAUUUGAAAAUUUAAAUUGUCUAUAGCUUUUUAGUCACGUGACAUAGAAACCCAAACCCACUUUCAUAUAGUAGUUCAUCAUUACUAUUCUUGGUUCACGCGUUGCGUUUUUUUUAGUAUAUCGUUUUUAGGAUGUUUUUUUUCAACAUUUUUGAAAAUUUCUAAAGACUUAUUAUAUUACUCUAGUUGUAUUCUAUUUACAUUUUUACCAUAGUUUAUUUUGCUAGUGCUU